AUGGGCCACGGUGGACCUCCAAAUCCCAGGUCCGCCGCCACAGUAUCCGCUGGCUCUGCGUCUGUGACAGUCAAGCCAGAAUCAGGAGUGGAAUUCGGCUUUUAUUCGCCCAAUCCGAGUGACAAACAGUCGCGCAAGCAGAGGCGAGAACGGACAACCUUCACGAGACAUCAACUGAUGACCCUGGAGGAGUUGUACUCGAAAACACACUAUCCUGAUGUGUAUGUGCGCGAGGAGGUUGCAAUUAAGCUGCGCCUACCCGAGUCCCGGGUUCAAGUUUGGUUCAAGAACAGGCGAGCCAAGGGCAGAAACCAACAGCGGUCGAGGGAGGCUCUGCUCCUGGCCUCCUCCGGUCAGACCGAUCGGGCGGCGACCGUCUGCAAACUAUCAUCGCCUCCGAGUUGA